AAGGAGGAGCCAGGAGAGGAAGGCUGGUCCCUAACUCACACAAUUGGUUAAAAGCCGCACUGUGGGAGCAGCUUCUGUUCAGCACCAACUCCGAGUACUGCUGGAUCUCCAUCCCUUUGUCGUAGCCAACCAUGGCCAGCCCGCUGCGCUCCUUGCUGCUCCUGCUGGCCGUCCUGGCCGUGGCCUGGGCCGCGACCCCAAAGCAAGGCCCGCCGCGACUGUUGGGAGCCCCUUUGGAGGCAGACGCCAACGAUGAAGGCGUGCAGCGAGCGUUGGACUUCGCCGUGAGCGAGUACAACAAGGGCAACAACGAUGCGUACCACAGCCGCGCCAUACAGGUGGUGAGAGCUCGUAAGCAGCUCGUGGCCGGAGUAAACUAUUUUUUGGAUGUGGAGAUGGGCCGAACUACAUGUACCAAGUCCCAGCCAAAUUUGACUGACUGUCCUUUCCAUGACCAGCCCCAUCUGAUGAGGAAGGCCCUCUGCUCCUUCCAGAUCUACAGCGUGCCAUGGAAAGGCACACAAUCUCUGACAAAAUUCAGCUGCAAAAACGCCUAAGGGCUGAGUCUAGUAGGAGCAUGCAGACGGCUCCUUACUUGUACUCCUUCCCUAUAGUGUUUCAUCUCUCAGAAGAGUGUCCCGGCUCUGGAGGGCACCUCCAGUGUGUUUGCACCAGGAGACAGGAAGAAGCUGCUGCAGGCAGGUUCUGCACAUCUGAACAGCUGUCCUCUGGGUCCACUCUUCUUGCAGUACCUGUCAUGCCUUGCUCAAUUAAAGGAAAUCCUUUGGCUCUG